AUGAAGCGGCCUGGUGCAGCACAUUCAGUUGCCUGGAAACAUCACGAACCAGAGAUUCAGCUGGGUUUCAGAGUAGGCGUGAGUCCGUCAGUUAGGGUUUUUGUGAUCUGUGCAAAACGUGGAGGAGAUAUGGGUUGUAUUGUGUCCAGAAAUAGUGCCAAAGUAGCCGAAAACAAUCACACACAAGACAAAGAGGAGAACCUAGAGAACCUAGAAACGGAUGGAAAAACUUACGUUGUCUUCGACAUUAAACCCGACAGCUGUGCCACUUCUGGAGAUUAUCAUGAACCAAGUAGUACAUCCGAAAAAGCCGAACAGAGAAGACCAGCUAGGCUAGCUCCCAUACCUAAUCCUCCGAUUCUGACUACUGAAAUGAUUGAGGAGAAACUGAGAAGGGCUGAAGAAAAGAGAGAAAGACUGCUGGCAGCCCGAAGACUUUCAUGUCAACGAGUAAAGACUUCGCCCACUUUGAUAAUGCAAGGUCAUAGCAUCACAAAUAAAUUCAGUGAACCGUCUAUCCAGGAACACAGAGAAACAACUCCAUGGUCCCUAAAUUGGUCGGGAGAUGAAAUUCUGACUGACGAACAACUUGAUGCACUCCUUCUGGCUGAGGAAGAACGAGAACUUGCUGAAUCAGGUAACAAUCAAACAACUGGAGAAAUUCCCGGAGGAAGGUCAUGAUUCCAAAAGCCCCAGAACUGAGCACCCUCCUAUCGUGCUUAGAUGCUGCACACACGUUUACGGGACAGCUUCACCGCAUUCUACACAUCAAGUCAUUCUGUGAAUCGCACGAAACACCAUUAGCAACAACAAUAACAUAGUACCCAACACCUACCGCAUGUGUCCAAUGACGGAUCCUAUGUAACAGUUUCAUAACCUAAGCCACGGUUAAUUUCCGGACAAACAGGAUGCACUAUGGUCCAAUAUCCGACGGCACUUGGUCAAGGAAGGUGAACGUCUAAACCGUAUACAGUAACCUAUCCAAGCUUCUAGAAUGAGACACUCGUGAAAAACUGCACAUCCAAUAUCCUGAUUUCCUCAGUUGGAUGCUAAGAUAUGCGGUCAAACUACAUGUUCGAAGCAGUUAUCUUAACAUCUUUUUGCCUCAACUCGUUGAGAUUACAACACUCAAUGUAACUGCUUUUAUUGGAUUGAAUAAAGUGG